CUCUCACUCACUCAAUAAUUCGCACUAAAAUAUACUAUAUUAGCCUGACUCUGACUUUAUCUUUAUCUAACAACUCAGCUAACAAAUCGUCAAAUUCGCCAUGAGCAUGAGAUCUGCGCUGAGCCGAGUCACUGUGAGCUUGACUCGUCCAAUGGAAUCGACUCGGGGUGCGACUCGCUACUUCAACGAUAGCAAACGUAUUCUCAGCGAAGAGGAGCGCGCUGCUGAGACCGUUUACAUCCAGAAAAUGGAGAGGGAGAAGUUGGAGAAGAUGAAGCGAAAGGCUGAGAAAGAAAAGGCAGAGAAAGGAAAUGAGAGUGCUGACAAGAAACCUGAGAGCACCAAUAAUGGCUGAAAUGUUCAAUUGCACUAGCUGAUAACUUUUUGCCUUGGAGAUGAUGAUGAAGAAUAAAAUGUAUCAAAACUUUUAACUCUUGGAUAGAUUUGGUCUUUGUACAAAGUAUGGCUGUUGAUAUCUGUUUUCUUAAAAAAUAAUUGACAUAUCGGCUGUUUGUGUGCAGUCCCUAAUCUGUUAAGAUGUUUGUUUUCUUCCCAUGGAAAUGAUCUUGAGUUGCGGUU